AUGUCGAUUGAAGAAAUACAGCUGAAAUGGACCAAUGUAGCUGGAAAACUAAAUGCCAUAGCUAGUACAUGUGAAGAUGCAUUGAUCAAUUGUUCCGGUGAAGGUAUUCCUGAUGAAUCGUAUGAAAAGACAGGUCCAGAUGUUAUCCCAUCUAUUUUAUCAUCUGAAGUUGCUGCUGAUCAAUGGGUUCGUCGUGGACAUAUUCCUUCACUAGCAGGACAUGGUUCAUUUGGAAGGAGUCGAGCUAUUUUAUAUCGUCGUGGUAAAGCUUGGGUUGGUUUAGAACGUGCACGUGAAGCAGUUGGUUGGUUACCUUCAGAUGUAUUGAAUAUACAAGAUCAAAAGGCUAUUGAAGAUGAAGAUCCUGAUAGAUUAGUUCUAUUCGAUGAUGUGAAACCAUGCUUAAUAGAUUUAUGGAAAUAUGAAGAAAAGCGUACAGUCGAUACUUCUCAAUGUCAAACGCGUAGAGCAUUACUUCAACAACGUUUAUUCUUGUUAUGCUUAGAAUUCCUUGGUGCAUACGAUCGUGAAGUGGCCAAGACUUAUAACUUCCCCAUGGAUAUACGUCUUGUACAUGAUUUAUCUUCUGUUGGAACUGUUCAACGUCAAGGUUUAACACCAUUUCCAUCUCAAUCAUGGAUAUCAAGUAAUUCAGAAAUAUCAAAUCAACAAAAUGAUAUUAAUCAUAAAAAUGAACAAUUGAAUACACCUUCACAGUUGGCUAAUGAACAUCAAGAUGUUUGGUCUCAAGCUCAUCGUUGUUUUAUUGAUUCAGCAAUUGUUCAAAUGAAUGAUUUACCAUUUUGGUGGCCUUUAAAAAUUAAAGAGAAUUGGUGUACAACAUUGAGUAAACUACGUUUUACAGUUGCAUCUGAACGUCUUUCAAAUGCAAUUCAAACACAUUUAGCUAAUGUUAAGACUGCAAUAUCUAUUUGGCGUAAUUGUGGUCGAACAAUUAUAUCUGAGGGUAGAAAUCAACGUGAUUUAAAUUUAUGGCGAGCUUAUGCAAGAGGUUUUUGGCAAAUUAGUCAAGAUUUACUCGCUACUGCUACAAGUCAAGAUGCUGAAAUUCCAAUUCAAGAGUCAAGGCGUAUAUUUGAUUCUGCUUUAAGCAUGUAUCCAAUACUUGAAGACUUUGAACCGUCAAUGGACAAUAUGCCUAAACUGAUAGAAUUUUAUCAGACUAUAUAUACUCCUAGAUUGAAAUUGAUACAGGAUUAUAUCGAUUUAGAAUUGGAUGUAUGCCCUGGAACAGGUAGUUAUCGAAAAGGAUUCAAUGAAGAGAAUCGUGUAUUAUAUUUACUAACAUACAUGGCAAUUGGUGGUACUUAUACACCAUACACUCAAGGAUCCAAUGAAAUUACACCAUGUGUUAUGGUGAAAACUAAUUAUCGUUUUGGUAAGCGUAUUGAAGCUGUAUGGACAACUUUAGUUGGUUUACCGGAGGAUAUCAGUCAAAUUACUGAUUGUCAACUAUUUUUAGAUGGCCUACUAGGCUCAGUACCAAUUCUUUGCUAUUUGAAUUUAAUGUUUGAUAUGUUAACAUCGGAUGAAAAGGUUUUAGAGUCAUCUGUUGCCAGUUUACUUCCAGUACUUGGACGAAUUGAUCGAUUAUGUUGUAAAUUUUUAUCAACAAUAUUGGAUGAAUCUUAUUCAUUUGGUUCAAAGAUAGAUAGUCGUUGGUCAACUAAUAAUCUAUCUACUGAUUAUGAUUUAAUUCCAAUACCAUUAAACAAUCGAAUAUGUACAAGUAAAUUUAUUAAUCUUGUUGUUGGUGGAUUAUCUGCAUUUUGUGCAUUACGUCAAAGAAAUCGGCGACCACUUUUAAAUCAUUUAUUUCAAUUGAUAACUAAUCAUAAUAAAUGGAAUUCUAAUGAUAUACUCAUGGAUUUAAUAAUUUCAUUAGAUCAAAGGAAAUUACCAUUAUCCUUAGUGAAUGCAUCCUCUUGUCAUGGUUUACUUCCACCGUUAUUCUUGGCUUCUUUAAUACAUAAAUUGAACUAUUUAAGACAAAAUGUAGCGAAAUUAGCUGCUCAGUCAAUUAUUGAACAAACAUUGAACAAUGUAACACGUACAAAUACACGACAACAACUAACUACAAAUUUAUCUGAUAGUAUAAUUGGUGAAGAAGUGAACAGUUGUAUUGGUUAUCAAUUAGAAUUAUCCUCUGUCUGUCUACCAAGUGUUUUGGAUUUAUUUCAGUUGAGCUUAGAAUUGGAACGAUGGACAAGUUUAAUUGCUGGUGUAUCUUGUGAAUAUGGUCAAGAAAGAACAUCGAUUAGUGACCAACGAGUACGUAAUGCAUUUGAGAAAGCUGUGCAAACUAGUCCAUUUAUUACGCCUAUUCUAUCUCCUGAAGGAGGUUUAAUUCAUGUGGCUUUAGCUGCUAGUACACCAUCAUUUUGGUCUGCACAUUUACGAUUAGUUAUAUGGAGAGCUUAUAUGGCAUUCGGUUGGAUGGCUGGUCCACCACACAUAUCAAAUCCAUCUUCUUCCGUUGCUGCUUCAGUCAUUACAAAUAAUUUAGAUCCUCGUCAACGUCGUCAAGCUGUGAAGGCUGUGUUUUAUCGUGCUAUUGAAGAUGUUCCAUGGGCCAAAGUUCUUUAUACAGAUCUAGUACGUUAUUGUCCAGAGGAUGUUGAAGAAGUAGUUGAACGUGAACGUGAAUUACGACUAAGAACACCAUUAGAAGAAGUUGAUUUAUUGUUGACUUCUAAACCUCAUGAUUAA